AGAAAGAGAGUUGAGCAGAGAGAGGAAAGCAGCUUUAAUUGCAGGGCAGAGAGAAAAGCCAGCGAUGGCUUCGCUCAGGCAGGAGCACCAGUACGGGCUCUCCUGUGAAAAAAAUAACAAAAACAGCCCGAACAGGACGCUGUACCAUGUCAAGCUCACGGACACGGCUCUCAGGGCGCUGGAGGCUUACCAAAACCUCAAGGGAUCUUUACCAAGUGAACCAUCAAUUUGUUUCAAAGGAAACCAAGGGUACAUCAAGAUCCCAACACCCACACCAGAGUCGCCUUCCGCUCUUCGUGUCUUCACCUUCUACUUAUCCAGCGACAGCAAAGACCAACCUCAAGCCAGCUUUGACUGCAUCCAUCAAUAUGUUUCAAGCAAUGGCCGUGAGCAGUUGGAGGGUCAAGGCAUCAUCCAGGACAAGAUCACUGUGUGCGCCACCGACGACUCCUACCAGAUGACCCGUGAAAGGAUGUCUCAGGUGGAGAAAGACAGCUGGAGCCGGUCUGCCAUUGAGAUCAAACCAGGAGCCACACAUCCAAGUAAAUGUGUCAAGUUCCACAAGAGGUCAGCUCCUCUGUCUGCAUCAGACAGCAGCUUCCCUAAGCAUUCUACCAACAACCGGAGGAACGGCGGAAUCCUAACGCCGACCCAGAAGUCCUUAAGGGAGCGUAUCAUCCACCUCCUAGCUCUCAAACCUUACAAGAAACCAGAGCUGCUGCUGUGGCUGGAAAGAGAAAGAGCUGGACCUAAGGACAAGGUCGAGCUGGGUGCCAUACUAGAGGAGGUUGCAAAAGUGAAUCCCAAAGACAGCAGCUACCUGCUGAGGGAUGACUUCUACAAGCAUGUGCAGAGGGACUGGCCCGGCUACAGCGAGGAGGAGAGGCAGCUGAUCAGCAGGCUGCUGGCCAGGAAGUCACAGCCACACAUCAGCCACCAAUCAAGGAAUCCUCAAGCACAUGUGUCUAUGCUGAAGGCCUCAGAGGAUACGACAUUACAUCACAGCACAGCAAAAACGCAUGCAGUGAAACGUCUUGUGCCUUUUGACUCACUGGAAAGGCUAGCUGUGAAGAGACAAAGACUUGUGGACCAAAGGUUGCAACAGCCGCCCACAGUAAAUGGAUUCUUAAACAAUAAAGGACAUGAGAUUGCAGCUCCUACCCUUAACCCCAGUUUCCACACAAAGACUGAGUUUCAACGGACAAGUAACCAUACUGGUAACCAAAAUGGCUUACCAGAAGACCACAAUUGCUUUCCGGUAAUGCACAAACAGUCUAGCAUCACUGACACACCUGUCUCAGAGAGCAGGGAGCAAGAACCCAACGGAAGCAACCAGCAGCCACCACAGGGCGACUCUGACUGCACUUACCAGCAGCUCGCCAACAGCCAGCACAGGAAGAAGAAAUCAAAAAAGCACAAAGACAAGGAGCGGGUGUGGUUAAAAGACAACAAGGGCAGUGAAUGGUUAGAGACGAGUCCUGAUCUCAAGCAGAACCCGGACAAACUUGAGAAUCCUGAAAUCACAAAUGCUGUGGCCUCUGAGGAGAAGCCAGAUUAUGUGCUCACAUACGGCCCCAUCAUGAGUUUGGAGCAGCGUGAGAGGUACCGUGAGGAUUUCUGUGCAGAGUAUGAUGAAUACAAAGGCCUCCACUCCCGGAUCGCCACCAUAACUCACAUGUUUGUUCAGCUAGGAACCAAGAUCAAAAGCUUGUCUCCUGGCACACAAGAAUAUAAGAUAAUGGAAGAGCAAAUACUAGAAAAGUACAACAAGUAUCGAAAGAAGUUCCCAGGCUACAGGGAAGAGAAGAAACGCUGCGAAUAUCUCCAUGAGAAACUGUCCUACAUCAAACAGCUCAUCAGUGACUAUGAUGUCUCUCAAGCUUCUUCAUAGCAUUGGCUCUCCCCUUUUUAUCAGAUUUCUUUUUUUUUUUAAAGGGAACCCCCUUCUUUGCAGAAACAACAUAGGUGUCAAACAAAGCGUUUUUACCUGAGACUAAUAUAAAAAGUUUUGGAUCAAACUGCAGACAUCAACAAGGACUGCCUCUGCUGGGACCACGGAUGAUGCUGUGAGCACCAACGAUACAAAUCAGUAGCAGAUUUCACUCUGGUAUUUGUAGGUCUAAUUGUUUUUGAAGAUGUAAUUUACUUCAGAGAUGCCUUUUUAAUGGGAAAAUUCCAAGGGAGAGGAAAAGAAAUUAGAUGUUGUAAGGCAUCGGUGCACAUCAAAUUACCACGACAGACAAAACCCCGAUGGUCUUUGCCAGCGUCGGUGUAACCAUUUUGAUGGACAUUUGUAAAAAGUAGCAAAUGUGACUUUUAACUUAUUUCCUUUUUUAAAAACUUAAGUCAAACAUUGCUCCCUUUUCCCUUUUUAAAAAAAAUAAAUUUAAAGAUUUCAAAAUGCAGUUUACUAUUUAAUUCCAUAUCAAAUUUGCUUCACACAUGAUUGAAGUAGCUCAGUGCAAAAAAAAAACGUUUUAAAGUAAUCUAUCAGCUGUUUAAAGUAAUUUAUCAGCUUUCAUAAAUGGUGUGAGAUAAUUCCACUUGUUCCCAUUGCAGUUUCCCUUCAAGUUUCAGGCAUUUAAAGCCAUAGUGCUUAGAUUCUUUGUUCCCAACGAGGAAUUCUAAGUAGUGACAACAAAACUGUCGGCACAUCCACAUGAUACAAGCCUUCUGUGAUCUGGCACCACCCUCACCUCUCCUCCACCCAGUUGCUAGUAGCCAAGGAGGACACAGAGGAUUAGAAAACAUAAUGGACUCUUCAGAAGAGGUAAUUAUCUUCACUCGAUUUUCUGCGUGCGGACGACACCAGUUUCUGAACAUAGCCAUACUGAGAAAUACAGAGAGAGUUUUGUGGAGUUGAUCACUGAAAAGCUUUAACUUGAAGCUAGUUUUAAAGCAGUUACUGCAUUGGAAUCAAGAUAUUGAAACUUAAUGUUUUAAUAAAAAUCUAAAAAAAAAAGUAGUUAUUGUGUAGGAAAUAAGUGAAAUAAUUUCACCCCAGGCAGAAAACCAUAUUUUUACGACUCUGUAAUAAAGAUAUUUUUUUACAGACAGCCAGUAAGGUAGUUGUACUGUUCACCAAUGAUCUGAUGAGCUUAUUUCAUGAGUGGAGCGUUUGGUCCUGACUUAAUGCAACACUAAAAUCAAAUUCUUAACAUACUUAACAUUUUAAAAACAGCUGAAUCCAAUGGAAAAAGGAAAAUGUUCAAAUGGUUUGAUAUGUUAAUAUUGAGGUAUAUGCUGUCUCCCAAAUGCACUUGUGUUUAAGUAUUUAUUCACCACACCUCUUUAUUUUGAGUUACUGGUGAAAGGAUCAAAAUACUUGGCCUUGAUGGCUGUUGAAAUAAUUUGGUGAGGAGACACAAUUUUCCUUCCCAAAGAUAUUACUGACAUUGUUAAUCGGGCAAAAAGUGUAGUUUAAAGUAUUCUAACCUACUGGAAAGAAGUAUCUUUCUCUCUUUUUUUUCUUCCUCAGAGUUACUGAUGUAUUUAUUUUAAGUCACCUUCUACUGUGUUGUUGUUGUUGUUGUUGUGGUCUCCUCAGUUUGAAGUGUCCAGUCUGGUAAGAUCAGUGUUUUUUUGUUCCAAGUAGCUGGGAGAGGUUGUGAGCAGAUCAAAAGUUUGCCUAACAUAGUAUCUUUUGUCACUAUGUGAAGAGUGAAUAGGUUAAAUCUGCCCCAAAGUCCUCUAAAUAUUACUUCUGAUACAGGGAGGUUAGCAGCCACUUCACCCAACACUUGAGCUGUGUCUGAAAUUGUUUGCUUAUUCACUAUAACGAGGAAAAAAAAAAGUAUUGCAUUCACAUUGUACUGCAUUGUUGGAUUCUUUUUGGGAAUUCAGCAGCACUACAAAAUGGGGGACUAAACUAAAUUGGGCUUUGCAUUGAGUAGCUAAUAUUUUCAGAGUCAGCUCUAGCUAUUUGGUCUUUAGGGAAAUAUUUGCCAUAUUGGUAAAAGUGUGAAUUUUCUACAUUAUAACCAGUUCUGGUACUAUUUAGCCUGAGGGGUUAUUGUCCUUCAGUUUCCAGUUAAUAAUCAGUGCCCAUUUUGGUUUUUGCACUAAGCCCACUCUGAAAAAGGGGACAACAGGCUAUUAAAAAAAUUCCAUUCAGAUUGUAACUUUUCUUUGUGUUAUGUAAACUGAAUGUCAUCAUGCAGUCAAUGACUUAGAAGCCUUAAGAUUAUACUUUUCUUGGACAACAUUUCCAAAUUGCCCAUAUCAACAAGGAGUGAGUAACCACACACAUCUCUUAUCUGCCUUAUCUAACUGUUAGCUGUUACAUUUAAACCUGUCUUAGUAAUUUUGCUGUUUAAAUGAAUGCCAACGGUGGCUUUUGCACACAUUUGGAUAUUACUUUCUGAAGGAAAUGUUUAAAAAUUUA